AGGAAAGAAGAAGAAGAAGGGUUCACAGCAGCUAGCCAGCUAACUGCUGCUAAUCCUCGGCUAAUAUGCAGCCAGAGGACCCAGUAUCGUCUCUGAAAACUGAUUUGUUAAAAUCACCCGAUACGUUUUGUGUUCUUGUGGGUGUAACAGGGAGCGUUGCAGCGUUGAAACUACCAGUCUUGGUCUCUGAGCUUCUUCAGCUCCCCGGGGUGAAAGUAAGAGUGGUCACCACAGAGCAUGCCAAACACUUCUACAAUCCCUCAGAUGUUUCUGUAAAGAUCUACACUGACAAGGAUGAGUGGGAGCUCUGGACCCAAAGAUCCGAUCCUGUGCUUCACAUUGAGCUGAGACGCUGGGCAGACCUGCUGAUCAUUGCCCCUCUUGACGCCAAUACUCUUGGAAAGAUUGCUAGUGGGAUCUGUGACAACCUACUGACGUGUGUGGUGAGAGCCUGGGAUACCAGUCGACCUCUCCUCUUCUGUCCUGCUAUGAAUACAGCUAUGUGGCAGCAUCCCAUCACGGACCAGCAGGUCUCCAGGCUAAAAGAGUUUGGAUAUGUAGAAAUCCCCUGCAUUGCUAAGAAGCUAGUCUGUGGGGAUGAAGGUAAAGGCGCCAUGGCAGAGGUAUCGACCAUUGUCAGUAUUAUCAGGCAACAUCUUCCAAAUCAAGAUGAGUCGCUGCAGAAAACGUGAAAGUUUCCAGUAGAAACCAUCCAGCUGAGACUAUCUAUUUAAGUUGAAUAGCUUUCAUACUUUUGUACAAAGGUUUUUUUUUUUUUUGCAUAAAUACGCCACCUGGUAUAGUUUAUCCUUCAUGGGGUGGUAAAGAAUUAUAUCAGUAAGUCAUGGAGUUGCAUAUCUUGUUGGAGGACAAUCUUCCUCUGCGUAGCUGUAAACGAUCUCUGUCAUUUUUACUAAAAAAUUGAAAAACCUAUGUGUGUAUUUUAGCUGUUCACAGCCACUCAGUUAGAGCAGGAAUGUCCUUUCUUCAUCUUCUGACCUCAUCGGCAGACAGGUUUAAUUAAAGUUUGAAAAUAUUUCUUCACAGUUAAAACGUUUUUAAUUAAAACGGUACUUUUAAAUGUGUCCAUUUAUGUUGUGUAUUUUUUUGCAGAAUGUCUAACUUAUAACACUGUUUUGGUAUUUAAAUAUAGUUUUUUUCUUUGAAGUAUUUUGCAUGCACUCUAUAAGGAAACACUAUUUUAAAGAAGCAGAACAAGCACCUUAAUCAAACUGGUUAACAGACCGGAUUCUGUUACUAUUGUCUCUACAGUGGUGAGGUGUAAAACUGACAGUUGUGAGAGCUCAGAAAUAGUUCUUACUGACAAAGAUUAAAAUAGUUUGCUGUUUGUCCAGAGGCUAUUUGUAUAAAUAGAUUCAACCUGCUUGUAGCGUUGUUUCGGUAUGAAUCCAGCUUUUCUGUGGAAGCCUCAGAGGUUCAUUAGAAAAUAGUUAUUUUUAGAGAACAACCAGUAUCAUAAAGACUAAAGGAACGCAGCACACAGAUCGAUAUAGUUGUGCUUCAAACAACUAAUGGAGAAUUGUUCUAGCAAGUCUACCAUGCAAAAGCAGAAAGGGUUUGACAGAACUGUUAAUCUACCAAUUGUGAUCAUAUUAACCUAAACUGACAGGCUGACUAAAGAGAGUGUCAAAAAAGCAGACAGUAGGUCUGUUGUAACUUUGGAUGAGCUGCAGCGAUCCACAGCUCAGGUGGGAGGUUCCGUUGCCAGGACAACUGUUACUCCUAUAAAGUCAUUUAAACAAAGCCACACAAUUCUACAUCUGAAUUUUGCCUUAGGCCAUUUUGUUUUGGCAACUAAACAUGUGGAGGAUGGGUUUCUAGUUACAUGAUAUCAAAAUAUGUAAUUUAACUUUGACAUUCAAAUCACCCUAAACAUACUAUCAUUGCAGUGGAACAGUGAUGGUAGCAUCAUGCUGUGGGAACGUUUUCUUCUCCAACAGAGAACUGCAAUGUGAUCAGAGCUAAUGGAAAGAUGAAUUAAGCAAAAUAGACAAAAGCUGUCAGCAGCUGCAAAAAAUGUGAGGCAAGGUCAAAGGUUUACCUUCCAGCAGGGCUAUGCAGCUAAAGUGACAUAGUCACAUAUAUCUCUGUGUUAAAAUAGCUCAGUCAAAGCCUAGGUUAAAAUGCAAUCUAAGAAUUUGACUUGGGACUAAAAAUCAAUCACCAUAUAUCCAGUCUGAUUUGGCUCAAGCUGUUAAGCAGAGAUUAUUAAGUGAGCUUUUUAAAUCUUAGAUGUACAUUCUGUACUUGUCAGUUAAAAUUCCAUCUAAAUAGCUGAAAGUUGCUGUUUGCAGCUUAACAAAUAGUCCAAAUGUUCAGGAGUACAUUUCAAAGCACAGUUUAAAAGACUUAGCAGUGAAUAAUUUGGAGGUUUUUAAAAUUGCAUCAUCAAAUGUUUUUAACUUUGCUUUGUUCCAAAGAUCAGCAGUGGAAAAAACCCAGAGAUCAGGUUAGCGUGAGACAUUUUGACUGCUAUCAAUGCUAGUAUCUGGCAACAAACGCGGAUCUACCUCUGGAGGUUUUUUUUUUUUUUUAUUAAAGUUUUCAAAGUCGGACAACGACUUGCUUACAUCUUGGGAGGAACAGAAAAUUAUGACUCUUGUACUAAGCUAGAAACAAGAACAUAUGGGCCAUCAUUGCCUUCUGGUUAAUCACAUUCAAUAUGCCAAGACUGUCUAAAAUCAGAUAUUAGUUAUUUUAGCAUGUAACACCAGCUCCACGCUGCUUGAACGCA